CCGUACUCUUCAGCGACCCCUGAUGGAAAACAUUGAGGCGUUCAGGGCUUCCUGAUUCAGAGAAAAAGAAAGUGAAAGAGUGAAUGAUAUCCGAGAACUGAUCCUCGACUGGAGGAAGCUGUAAGAGUGUGAAUUAGCUCUGAUAAAACAUGGACUUCAUGCCUUCAGAUGAGGAAUUCUCUCUUGUCAUGGAGCCACUGAAGUCGUCUGAGGAAACUUUAGAGGGAAUCCAGACCUUAAUCUCCAACUACAAGAUAAUAUGUGAUCAACUGGCUCAUGAGCAGACGGAUCUGGCCAACAUGAUUAAGGACAGUAAGAAGAUGACUCAGGAUUGCAAGAAGCGCUCCAUCAAACUGGCCAAGAGUCUGCAAGAGGACAAGCAAUCCCACCAGGAGCAGAUGGACAGUGAAAUGGAAAGGCUAGGUAUGCUGAGUCAGGAGGAGUUCAAGCUCAUGAAGGAGAUCCAGGAAGUCCAGGCUGCCCUGAGGGAGGAGGAGGCCAAUUUUGAACAGCUCAAACAGCAGACUGAUGUGUUCACCCUUGUGCCAGAGAAAAAUGUCGUAUUUAAGGGGAAGUCGUGCGAUGCAGGCGACGGGCCAAUGUUUGACAUGACAUCGCGUAUCGUUUAUCCGAUGCUGGAGGGAACGGCACUGAUCACAUUUGAGGAGGAAGAGGUGGCCAAGAGGAUCCUGAGCAUAAAGAAGCAUCAGGUGAAGCUGGGUGAAGAGUGUCACAUCACCGUGGAGGCUCAGCCCGUUCAGCUGAUACUGCCCGAGCUGGUUGAGAUCCACUCGGAAGUUUGUCCUCAACGUAUAUUAAUCUCCAACCUGCCAGAAAUGGACAUGGAGACGCUGUUGGGCAGGCUGCAGCUCCACUUCUUCCAUUCUAGGCACGGAGGAGGAGAUGUGGAGCACUGUGAAUUCCUGCCCGACUCUGGGACUGUGGUCCUCACGUUCCUGAAGGAUAACAUUGCCAAAGGUUUGACUGAGAAAGAAUUCCACGACGUACAGUUCCCAAAAAAGAUUCACACUGUGAGAGUGACUCCUUUUCUGAACGGGAAGAUUGUAAACCUAAAGACCAAGAUGACGGUGUGCCCUCGGACGGUGCUUGUCACAGGAAUCCCCCAAGUGGGGAACGACAACCUGGCAGAUCACGUGGAAAUCCACUUCCAGAGAAGCAGCAAUGGUGGAGGAGAACUGGAAGCCUUUCUCUACUGCCCGCUGGGUCAGCACACCUCGGCGCUGUUCGAGAGCGUGGCCCCCAAAAAAGAGCAGCAGUAAAACUGAUGAUUCCUUCCCGCGGCUCAAGAAAAAUCUUAUGAAGACACCAUUGUCCAGAUGUAAAGAUAGGACACACUUUAUUUAAUCCAAAGCUGCUCCAGACAUCACUAAUUUCUGGACAUUCUCCUGAAUUACUCCGAGUCAGUCGCAAUUUCUCUUGUAAGCCCCCGAGUAAAUGUCUGGAAAAUGCUCACAGUGGGCCCAUGUGAAUACAGCAGGACAAUUUCUGGAAAAAGCUAAUUCUUUUGACAAUAGAAGACAACACUGGAAUCAAUGUGCUGUGAACAGAGCUGAAUGAUCUUGCUCCUGCAUGCUCUCCUCAGAUGACACCCCUCAUCUGAAAGUCCCUGGCAUUUUACUGUUUUUGUGAACUCGUCUGACCUAGAAAAAGUCCUGCUGUAUUCUUCAUGUGAAAGACCAACUCCAGACACAAUUUUCCAGACAUUUUCCCGAGAGUUCAUGCUUGAAAAAAAGCUUUAUAUUCUGUUUACAUUUCUUGUGGUGGAAGUUAGGAUAUGCUGCUGCCAAGGAGUUAAUGUUUUCCCACCAUCCAUUUGUUUGUCAGAGGGGUUACGCAACCACUGAACAGAUUCCAAUAAGAACUUCAUUUUGACCUUGAAUCUGCACAACGGUGCGAAUCCAUGACCUAUUUAAUCACUUUCCUAAACAUUGGGGGAUUUUACAUUUUUAAUAGAUGUCCCAGGGAAUAAUUCAUGGAUCUUUAUGAAAACAAAUCAGAGGUAUUUUUAAAUGUAUGUAAUUUGGUAGAGAUGGAUUGAAUUUAAGGCGAAUGAUGGGUCUGGCUGAGGAAUGAGUUCUACUGAGUGUCAUUCAAGUUCUUGCAUUUGUCAGCCAUCACUAACAUGUGAACAUCUCUGAGUUUUCUACAUUUUCCCGUCAAUAGGGUUUUUCUGGUAUUUUUUCCUCACUCUUGUUGAGGCUAAGGACAGAGGGUGUCACACCUUGUUAAGUCCAAUUAAGACAAUUGAUUUGUGAAUAUAAGCAAUACGAAUAAAAGUUGAUUGAUCGGC